UGUCAGAAACUCAAGUUUGCACUCAUUUUCAUCUAAGAAUUACAUUACACGAAAUGAUACAAACCGGUCAAUAUCCACGUGCUGCCCAAAUAGCAAAUCUAUAAGCCACAAUCUAAAAGUUAGUGUGUUAUUAUGAUGUAAAGUUAAGUGUUAUUGUGGAAUUGCAUUACUGCAAAGUUUUUGUAAAAAAGUUGUAUUAUUUAACAAUCUGGGUUAUGAACAAUUUACAGAUUUACUAGUUGCAUUUUGUACACCACUCAAAGAGAUGAAUAUACAGGUGUAUCGUAAUGAAUAGGAACAAAUUAAUGUUUAGAUCGUCAAUAUUCAAAACAACAAUGUCGAGGAAAACGAGGUACUGAACUACAAACACGUCUGCAUGGAAGCCAUUUAACUGAACUAAUUCCAGUGCAGUUUCAUUCCCUAAGUAACGCAACUGCAUUAUCAGAAUUGAAAAAAAGUAUUGAGUGUUAAAGGAAGAUAUUUAAAAACAUCCGAUUCUACAGCAUUUACUUGGUUUGAGUCAUCCAACAAAAAAGCCUUUUUACACAAAAACAAUCGAUUGACAACGUUGAAUCCAUACAACCUUCCAACCACGUGUUUAAAAACUAGAAUAAACAGGAACCAUGCUAUACCCAGCAACAUACAUUGCAACGUGCCGGCCACUGCAGCUGCACCAUUGCAUUCAAUCUACAGUAAACUUGCAACAAAACCGGCUUCACGAAUAAAAUCGGACUGUCUUGAGGUUGUUCAACAACUAGAUAUUACUCGGGAGUCUCUAUGUGAUCAUAAUAGACCGAACAGUACGCGUUUGCAUUUUAAGACAAGUAGUAUACAAACUAUAUUGAAAUAUUAUCAGAGUAACGGUAUUCUGUGGCACAUCAACUACAUACAGCGUUGCUUGUCAGUAGACCAAAAGAAACACAAUAUAUCUCUAGUAUCAGAUAUUGAACCAUUUUCAAUAUCAAAAACAUCAAAGUAGUAAUAUUUACCAGCAAGGUAAAACUAAAAAAAAUAUACUUCGAGUAUUAUGAACACAUUUUCGAUUGAAGUAAUAAACGAAGCAAAACGAGACAAGAUCAACGCAUUGUUAGAUGAUUUUCGUCAAAUAAAACUGGAACCGAGUAAUGAAUCUGAGCCGUCACGAUGUGCGCCAAAAAUCAUUCUUACGGACUUUUCCAGCAAUAAUAUAGAUCAUAUAAAAAAUAGUGAACAAUAUGUAAAGAACAAAUUAUUUGAAGACAAAUCGGAGACAAAUAAUAAUGACCAAGGAACAGACUUUUCCUCAAUUCAUUAUUGUGCUAAUGAAUGUGUUCGAAAGGAUAGCCGUAAAAGAAAUGUGAACAACAAUAACAGUGAGGGACAUAAUUUUCUUUCGAUUCCUGAGUUAUAUUACAGCGAAAAAAGUGUAUCUAAAUCGAACAUUUGUGAUUGCUACCGCAGUGAAGCUAGACCACCGUGACGUUGAAAAUUUUAACUUUGAAUACUUUGCGUAAGUAAGUGUAUCCAUAUGUGAUAAUAAAUGUGCGUAAAAUACUUCAUUCCCUCAGGAGAUCGUAUAGCAUGGUUUCAAUUAUGGAUGUAAAAUCGGAUAGACAGGCCUGUGAUAAUCGUGUAAUAGUAUCGCAAAGUGCGGUAAGCCAAAAGUCGAUUGAUCUAGAUAUCUCGCUUAGACCAAUCAUCUCACCGACAGAAGAUCGUGAUACAGGUAGUUUGGCGUCGAAUAAUCCAAAUACUAACGUGAAACAGUCACAGCAGCCUUGUUCAUCUUCAGUGUCAUCUAUAGCGACUGGAUCCGAUUCGUACAACCAUGAUAUUACCGAUACAGAUUUGGCAAAAAAAAGUAUGAAAUUAAAUUUGGUGAGCUCAUCUAAUAAUAAUAAGUUUGCAGAAAGCAGUAUUCAUCACGGAUCAAUCAAGGCAGAAUCUUCAGAUACCAGUGCAGGAGCUAGCACCAGUAGCGUUGUUACAACUACCACAGCUAUCAUCAUGAAGCAUCGCAAACUGAAAGACCGCUCGUUAAGCGAUGAAAUAGGAUCUCCUAAAUCACCUGCGGCAACAACAGGUAUGGGCAUCACUGAUUGCGCAUUAAUGUAUGCCCCUACAAUAUCACCAUCCAUUCAAUUAGAAGUAGUCGACGAUCGGAAAGCACUAAGAGAUGCUCUGUAUCAAGGAAUAUUUCAUCGACAUCGGCGAACUAUAUUUGCCGUGGGAAGCUUUCUACGCAUGUUGAAAAGUCGAAAUUCUUCAUACAAUACAAUCCGCAGUUCCUCCGAGGGAGAGGACGAUACAAAAUGAUCGUGCAUUAGAUAAAUUGUUAUCUAAAAAAUGUAGUAGGGAUUCGAUAAAUGUCUAGAUAGAAUUUUCUAGUCAUUACAUCUAAAAUAUAUGUCAUUUUAAAACAUUAUAAUUUAUAAACAUAAACCAAAAAUUUAAAGUUUAUCCCACCGAAACAAAUUUAAGUGUGUUAAAAAAUUGUAUUAUUCCAUUUAAUUAAUUUAUAAUAAUAUUACAUAAAUCAGAAUAGGCUCAAUUUAUCUCAUUAUUUUACAGCUUUAAAUAGUGUGUUAAUGAACUUUAUUUACAAAACGGUGAAGAACAAGAGCUUUGUUCAUAGGAUCAUUUGCAAUCGAAUUAUUUGAUGGGUUGUUGAUACUCUACAGCUUUUUUUUAACUCUAGAGCGAAUAAAACGACCAAUAUAACCCCGGUGAUACAUAACAUCAACAGUAACUAUCUGCCAUUAAAUGUUGAAUGAAAUGCGUAGAAUUUCUUUAUUUGGAUUACGCAUUUUUUUUUAAUUUAUUGCAUAUAGACAUUUCUGGCAAUUAAGGUUAUCGUUAUACGAGAUCUAAUUUACACCUCUUUAAAAUCAAAUAAAAUUAUAUCAAUUUUAUGACAGAUAUAGUGUUAUAGCAUUUGUCAUAGCUUAAUAUUCAUAUUCUCUAUUCCUCGCUCGUUCCGUUCGUUGAAUUUUUAUUAAUUAUUCUGUACCUUUGCCACAACAAACCAUAGAUAGAGUUCACGUUUAUUUUAUCAAUUACUUCGUCAACAGCUAUGCACAUAAAAUAUUUAACAAUUAAAUAUUUUUUUGUGAUCCCGUUUAUAUGAUUUGACAAACUACGUCUUUUUCUUAUUCAUAGUUCAUAUCACUAUAUUAAAACAUAUAUAGCUAUCUACAUACACAUCAUCACAAAGUUUGUCGAGUUUUUUUUACUAUUCCCAGGGGUUUGAAAAUGUUCCCAACAAAAUGUUUCUGUUCUUGAAAUUAAUGGCUUGAUAACUGUUCUGGCACGGAAUUAUAAAUUUAAUUAUGUUGGACGGAGAAAUUGUUAAAACAGUGUAUAGUGCUAUUUUUUAAGUAGUUUAUCAGAUGAUUUGAAAGCAAUGUGCUAGAUAAUUUAUUCAUUCAAUUCAAAACAGGCAUCGCAUGGUUUAAUAUUGCCAUCGAUUAAUAUUCAUAAUAUUUAUCCAAAGGUUUACUGCCAAUUGAAACAAUCAUGUUGAAGCGAGCAAAGUUAACAAGGAAAUGAGUAGAAUUUUAUUACUAAACCACUAAUACAACCAAUGAACGAAAAAAAAGUAAGGACUGAUAUGUUGGUUAAAGCUUUUAGGUCACUCGCAGGAUGAAGUAAAACAUGCGUAAAACAAGUCCUUUGAACAUUAGAUAAUAGAAAAAACCCCAUUUUCAAAUCAUUCCAAUAUUAGUGAGAGAAAAUAAAUAUUAGCUAAUACCCGCCCCAUAGUAUUGAGUAUUGACGCUCUGUUCAAAAUGUUGUGCAAAAAAGCGAACAAAAAAGAUGGCCAGGCACGGCCCGGUGUUCCAGAAUUUUAUACAAAGAUCCAUCAAGCGAAUAACAAUGGCUAAGUCGAAACGGAAAAAGUAGAGUAUAACAACCAUAUAUUUUCCGGAAUGAAAUAAUUGAACGCAUUUUUAAAUGAUAUCCAAAGAGCUGCAGUUUUAAACUUAGCAAAACGAAAAAUCAGAUACGAUAUUACUAAGGUAUUCAUUUCAUCCAUAUACUUACAAUGAGAUAACAGUGUAGAAAACUGCAUGUAUAGAUUUGUGAAUAAAAGCACGAUGAUGAAAAUGUAGUUAGCGAAAAACUGUUAUACAAAAAAUAAAAUACACACAUGCAUUAUUGAUCCUAUUACCAUGAGAACUAAAGAUGAGUGUUGUGUUAAGGUAUAACUUUUUUUUUUAUUUCGAGCAAAUAUUAUCUUUACGAAUUACAGUCUUUCCCAGAGAUACGUGACACUCUAGCUACGCGAAUUUUUAAUUUUGACUUAUUUACGAUAUACGGGUACAAUUUUCUCUAACUAUUCUCAAAUGUAAAAAUAAAUUGCUUUUUUGCUCAAAGUUUGAAAGUACUGUAACGACAGAGAUAACAAAAUUUUCUACAUGAUUUGUAUUCAAUUAGAAAUUAAUUAACACAUUUAAGUAAUAACAUUAAUAAAUUUUAUAAUGUAUUUAUCAGC